ACCACCUUCUACUGAUUUGUUGACUAUAGUCGAUUGACUCGUGAGAAGGACGCGCUGGUUUUCCGGAAAAUAAACAUACGCGGUGAGGUAUGGCUCGUACCAAGCAGACUGCUCGUAAAUCCACCGGAGGAAAGGCGCCUAGGAAGCAGCUGGCUACCAAAGCUGCCAGGAAAAGCGCGCCAUCUACCGGCGGAGUGAAGAAGCCCCACAGAUACAGGCCUGGUACUGUUGCUCUGCGUGAAAUCCGGCGGUACCAGAAGUCCACUGAACUGCUCAUCAGGAAGCUGCCUUUCCAACGUCUUGUCAGGGAAAUAGCCCAAGAUUUCAAGACAGAUCUGCGUUUCCAGAGUGCAGCUAUUGGCGCUCUACAGGAAGCCAGUGAGGCAUACUUGGUUGGACUGUUUGAAGAUACCAACCUGUGUGCUAUCCAUGCAAAGAGGGUUACCAUUAUGCCCAAGGACAUUCAGCUGGCCAGGCGAAUCAGAGGGGAGCGCGCAUAAAUAAUUGGAUUUUAAUCUUUUUAGUGGGGUGUGGUGGGGGCAUAUGGGACUGACUAGGGUUUGCGUUGUAAAUCUUUAACUAUUACAGCAUGUGUACCACCUGAGUUGUCAUUUGUAGUAUCAGCAUGUUUUUGUACUUUUCAUUUCACUUUCUGUCCUAUUCACUGUAGAAAGACUUGUGUAAACAGAAUAUUCCACUGCCCUUCUCAGGUUUGCAGGUGUAUUUUAGAAUCUGUACCCAGAUCUUGUGUGCAUGUCAUAGAUUUCUUGUUGUGCUGUAAAUAAACUUUCCACUACCUCGUU